CUGGAUACAGAUGGAGAGUGAGUUCAUUCUCCGCUGAGUUCACUUACAUGCUGCAAGUGAGUUUGUAACUUAUUUAAAAAAAAAAAAAAGGUUUUAUAAAGACAUGGCGAAUGCCCACCAGAAAAACGUUCUGGUUACCUCGUGUUUGAAAACGCCGGUAGACCCUCACACCAAAGCGCCGUUAGCUUCAUACGAGCGGGAGAGAGUCCUGCCGUACACGGUUACGGGCGACAUCGACAACAGGAACUACGAGAAAGAGAUGGAGUAUGAGGACUCAGGCUCUGAUUUCUGUGAGGAGGACUACAUUGGGAACGGAGGCCUGUGGAUGAUGAACAACUAUGGGGCACCGGGAGACCGCCUCGACCUCAGUCAGAUCUUCUUCUCCAACGAGGAGUACUACAGCAAGCUGGAGGAACUGAAGAAGGCACACCUGCACACCAUGGCUGAGCUGGAGCGCAUGUAUCGCCAAAAGCUGCAGCUCAAGUCCAUGGAGCCUUUAGAUAUGACAGUUCUGGAUGGAGGGCACAGGCUUCUGUGGGCUCAUCCCAGCUCUCCAGCUUCACGCCGUCGUUUGAGGAAGUCUCACUCUGCUGUUGAACUCAGAUGGGUCUCUGGGCAUUCAGACUCUUCAGAUGAAGAUGAAGCUGUCAGCAAUGAUGUGGAGAAAGGCCUGCUGUUUUCCCCCAAAGAGCACAUCAAGAAUAUGUGGAAGGACUUUAAGUUGUCCCCUUAUCAUCACCACCUGUCCUCCUCACUGCGCAGCCUGACCAGUGACCAGAAUAAACCACAAAAAAGAAAAGGACAGAAGACACAGAGGAAUAAAGAUGAAGAGGAGCACUGGAAACAUAGAGUGACCGUCCCAAAACCAUUCCAGAUGACACUGCGUGAGGCUGAGAGGCGAAAGCGAGGAAUAAAGACGCGCUCGGAGAUCGAACUGGAGAACGCAGAGCUGCGACGGCAGCUGGAAGAACUGACAGAGUGCCAGAAGAAGUUCCGUGCCAGCCCCGUACCUGCGCACGUUCACCUCCCACUUUACGAUGAGCUACAGGAGCACAAUGAGGAGCGACGGCGAGCCAUGCGAGAGCGAGAAGACCGGCAUCUCCGGAUGAUCCAGAAGCCGUUCAGCUUCCUAGAGAGGGAGCGGCUAAAGAAGGAGCAGAAACAGCUACAUCACCUCCAACCAUCUGAUCAGGAGAAAGUGAAACCCUUCAAGGCCAAGCCUGUGCCAAAGUCUGUCUACGCAGCAGCAUCAGGGGAGCUGAUGAAAGAGGAGCAGCUGUAUCGGUCUAUUAAGAUACAGAUGAGGGCUCAGGAGAUGCUGCACAGUGCUUCCAUGCCUCCAAGCAUGCUCACACGACGACUCAGUGAACGUAAGAAGGCCAAAGACGGCAAAGCUGCAGUCGGGGGGGAUGACAGCUUCUCACACAGGCCGCAGAUUAACAAAGAGGUACCAGAUUUCAACGCCAGUUACAGGCGCUUCCAGAAGCAUCUGGAGAAACGAAAGGAAGUGAAGCCUACAACUACGUGUGAACCGUUUGAGCUGAGGACAUCACAGAUCUCCUCGCACCGGGAACGGAUCCUUGCCGACAUGAAGAAGGAGCAGAACAGCCCUCGAGCACUGCGCUGGCCAUACAUUAGCCCCGGGCCAGCUCGGACGCCAAACUCAAGCCUCUGUUCGUCCCUCUCAGGUAGCCUGGAGGUCCUCCCUGCCAAAGUCACAGACGCCACAAAAAAGCGCCACGAGGCUGUGAGAAAGGUGUUGGAGCAGAGGAAGAAGGCUGAGGAGGAGGAGGAGCAGUGGAGGGAAAGGCAGAAGAAAAGGGAGAAGAGGCUUCAGGGGAUGGUUCUGAAACGUGCCCAGGCCCACGACCCCCACCAAGCUCUUUCACAGACUCAUCCAAGCAAGCUCCAAGAGUUCAGGAAACAAGACCUGCAGCGGAGGAAGGAAUACAAGCAGGAGAUCAAAGAAAUGCAGGAGAGAGUGAAAGGAAGGCCACUGCUGUUGGAGCAAGUUGCACAGAGGAAUGCCAAACAGGCUGCAGAGAAGCACUACACCAACACCCUGCACGGAUGUGACGUGACGGAGGAGUUUAUCUGCAGCAAAGCAGGCAAAUCAGGAACUUUACGCAAAGCGUCUCCAUCCAGUGACAGCAAGGAGGGUGACCUUGAGGAAGCAGACCUGGGUUACAUACCUGUUCGCUACAGGAAGGUCUUCCUGGACGAUGAUGCGGAUGAUCCGUCUGAGACAGAAGGAGGGAGAGCAGAAGAGGAGAGUGACGAGCUCUCAUCAAACCACCAAAGCAGUCACCACACAGAUGAGGAUUGCUUUAGGGAUGAUUGCCACUACUCUGAUGAAAGUUACCACUACUCAGAUGAUCAUGAGAAUUACUCAGAAGACAGCGAAGAUGCUGCUGACACCAAGACUCUGAGAGAGAAACCUGAACAAAUCGAGUGAGAAGUUAAAGGUUCUUAUUGUUGGACUUUUAAGGGAUGGAACAGACUGGCUGUUGUUCACCAACUCACUGUUUUCUACAGUAUAUACACAUUUUGUAGUCAGCAGUAAACUGUGAAUCUGGAUACUUCUUAAGUGCCAUUUUGCAUCAUGACAGUGACAGUUUUGCUUUGUUGCACAGAUGUGAAUGAUUGCAUUAUGGGAUUUCAUUACAACACACUUAAGAUCAAGAUUUUACUUUGCUUUGCUGUGGAAGCAUAACAGAAACACCGAUUUCAUGCUUGACAGAGUAACUUCAGACACAGCCAUAGGUCAUAUAAGGAAAAGCUUGUGUCUCAGUGUUCUUUUCCAGCACUCUAUUACAUCAUGAUGGGACUGUGUCCUGAAUUAGUACUAACUUCACAUUUAUUGGUGUGAUAUGCUGUUUUGGUUGUUAACAUUUUGCCACUUUUAUAUGUAAUGGCUAAUUUGAAGUAAGUCAAACUAUGGCUGAAAAUAAACUUAAUUAAAAAAAAGAG